CAGCAGGCAGAGGUGAAAAGUCUGGAUCAUGUCUUCAUUCCAGCGGAGGCUUACUUGAACGACAAAGGACAUUGUAAAUAAAGACCAACACGGCGGUUAGCAGAGCACGUCGAGGUUCUGUCCACAAAAACAAGACAUUAAUGUUGUUGCUAGCCAUCCAGCUAGCACAAGCUGAAAUUUGUUAGCUAGCUAACGGAGGACCCUGUUAGCGUACCGCCACCAUCAUCGCUCCUAGCCAGCUGUGCAUCGCCGUGUCUUCCUACGAUGGGAAACGCAGCAACUGCCAAGAAAGGCAAUGAGCAAGAAAGCGUGAAAGAGUUCUUAGCUAAAGCCAAAGAAGAUUUUUUAAGAAAAUGGGAGUGUCCACCACAGAGCACGACUGGCCUGGAUGACUUUGAUAGGUUUAAGACUUUGGGCACUGGCUCAUUCGGGCGGGUUAUGCUUGUCAAACAUAAAGGAACAAACCAGUUCUAUGCCAUGAAGAUCUUGGACAAACAAAAAGUGGUGAAGUUGAAGCAGAUAGAACACACACUAAAUGAAAAGAGAAUACUACAGGCCGUCUCCUUCCCCUUCCUCGUCAGAUUGGAGUACGCUUUCAAGGACAACUCAAACCUCUACAUGGUGAUGGAAUAUGUGCCCGGUGGAGAGAUGUUCUCACACCUCAGACGUAUUGGAAGGUUCAGUGAACACCAUGCAAGAUUUUAUGCAGCUCAGAUAGUACUCACAUUUGAGUACCUUCACUCCUUAGACCUCAUCUACAGAGACCUGAAGCCUGAAAACCUGCUCAUAGAUCAACAUGGGUAUAUACAGGUCACAGACUUUGGCUUUGCCAAAAGAGUAAAAGGCAGGACCUGGACAUUGUGUGGAACUCCUGAGUACCUGGCUCCAGAGAUCAUCCUCAGCAAGGGCUACAACAAAGCUGUGGACUGGUGGGCACUUGGAGUUCUUAUCUAUGAGAUGGCUGCUGGUUAUCCUCCCUUUUUUGCUGACCAGCCUAUCCAGAUCUACGAAAAGAUUGUGUCUGGCAAGGUACGAUUCCCCUCUCACUUUAGCUCCGACCUGAAGGACUUGCUGAGAAACCUGCUCCAGGUAGACCUGACCAAGAGAUUUGGCAACCUGAAGAAUGGUGUGAAUGACAUAAAAAAUCACAAGUGGUUCUCCACAACAGACUGGAUUGCCGUCUACGAGAGAAAGGUUGAAGCUCCCUUCUUGCCGAAAUGCAGAGGACCAGGAGAUACAAGCAACUUUGACGACUACGAAGAGGAGGACAUUCGUGUCUCACAAACAGAGAAGUGUGCGAAAGAGUUUGCUGACUUCUAGUGAGUGGGCAAGAGUCCCAUCAGGGCUCACGUUUUGGGAUAUUUGCACUCUCCUGAGGGUUAAGGUGAAACUGAGGCCGUCACAUGUUCAAAACAAACGCCUCAUUCCUUCAUUCCACAUGUCUGAAUGAGGUCCUUCUUGCCAUGAUCCUGCGUGCAUUUAGCACUAACCUAUACACAGGCACAUUAUGCAGACACCCCUUGUACUGCAACACAAAAAUUUUAGACCACAUCCUCAUCUUUUGUCUUAUUCUUUUUGUUUUAUGUUUACCACCUUUGAGUAUCCGCCCUCCUCCUUAUUUCAAUUCAAAAUAUAUUUGAAAAGCAACAUGAAAACUAAUAUUACUCCAAUUUUGGCACAGAGUUUGGCACAGAGUGAUUGAUUGUAUUAGCUAGUGUUGCACAUUUUGUGAUAUAAACUUUGGGGAAAUAGAAGGGAUUUCUUUGGUUUGAAUUUUUAACAUUGAGUUUUGCCAGUUGUUUGUCUGUUACUUGCCUGAGUGUGUUUUAGGGUUCUGUUUAUUACUCAUUAACACUUUAACAUUAACCAUUAUUCUUCAUUCUGGUGUCCUUAAGACCUACAACCAUGUAUUUGUGCUUAUAGAGGUAUACAUAUACGAUACAUACGAUUUGAACACUUUGUUUUGUUAAAGCAUGAGCAAAAUUCGAUAAGAGAAAGUGGCGUUUCGCGAAGGGAAAUAAAUACAGGAAACACAGAUGACUUCUUGAAGUCACUGGGUUUUAGCGCUCGGGCAUUCAAUUCUUGAAGAGACUGAUUAACAGUGACAAGUGUUAUUGUGAAACAGAAACUUGUCAGUGCUGUAUUAGUUGAUCAGUUGUAGCAUUGUUUUAUCCAUAUCCGGUCACAAGACAUUUCCUUUUACCUCACACUAGAUGUGCUAUUAAAUGAAUGGAAUGAAAUGAUAUAUUUUUCAGGUCCAAUUCUGUUUCACAAGAAUGGAAACUGAUGAAGUUUGAAUAUGUGACUCCACACAACAGGUCGUCUGUCUUUGGUAGAUCCAAAAAUACAUGAAGUGUAUCGACAUGGAAUUUUUCAAUCGCUGAGAGGUCUGUUGUUAGAUUUUAAUGAGGGUACGUCGUCAUGGAAACGUAGCAGUGUUGGUCACAUGGACAUAUUUUGUCCAUUUAGGGUUGCUUUUCAAUUUUGUUUUUAAAAGCUAAUUGUGCUUAAGCAAAGCACCUGAAAGACAUUGUGUAACUGCCAUAUUUGCUUUAUUUUCAUUUUUACUUUUGCAUGUUUGUUAAGUUUGUACAGCAGUGUCACAACAAGCUAAUACCCCCCCCCCCCCCCCCCAAAAGUGUUCCCAUCUUUUUUGUUGUUCUUUGUUUUGUUACCUUUUAACUGUUUCAUAGCCUGGGACAUUGAUGCAUUAGAUAAGUACUUUUUAAUCUGAGUGACAUAUUCCUCUGCAUAAUACAAUUAAAACUAAACCAUGAAAUACACGUUAACCAUAAAAUAAUAACAAAAGACUGAACUAUCAAAACCUUUAAGUAUUCAUUCACCUUGGUCACUUGUACUGCAGUUAUAGCUCGUAGUCUCUUUGCAUCAUUUUCUGAAAAAUUUGCACACUGUGAUGGAGCAAUAUUUGCUCAUUCUUCCUCGCAAAAUUGCUCAGGCUCAGUUCAGUUCACUCUCUCCUGAUCCUAAGUGAGUCAGGUCACUUAGAGAACGGUAAUGGACAAAAAUUCUGUAGUCUUGUCUCAGAUUUUCAAAGGGAAUAAGGUCAAGAGUGACUUUUGAAUAACUUUUUUUUUUUUCUUUUCCAUUGUAAGCCACUCAUGUUAAUGUCUACACCCUCUCCCACCCCAUCUCCCUUAUUUGUUUUUUUCUAUACUGGGCACCAUUUAAUUCCUAUUAAUUCUGACACAUUUCCUGUCCAUGCUGCUGAAAUGUAGUCCCUGCCUCUGCAAACUCCUCACCAGCAUGACAGGAUGUUGUAUUUAAAAAAAAUCUGUAUGUCAAAGGCUCAGUACCUACAAGGCCAAGGUGUCCAGUUGUUGAACUUCCAGAUGUCAGAAAAGCUCUGCUUUUGUGAUCCUGUGACUCCUUUGACUCUGUCACCCUCAGGGAGGUCAGAGAUUGAGGUCAUUCCUGCAGGUUGGACACUCAGGGUUGUGGGGAAAUCAAAGUUUUACAUAUUACACCUUGUUGAAAACAAUAAUGCAUUGUUGACAGUCUUUCAACUUAAAGUCUCUUAAGUCUUCAGAAGUUUUGAUCAUUUGGCAUGGUGCUCAAGGCCUAGAUGGGGAAAAAUGCAGUUUAAUCAAGUUCAACAAUCUUAAGACAACCAAAUGUGAAAAAGAGGACUGAAUGCUUUUUUGAGGCACUUCUAUAUUGUUUAUGGUCUGAAUUUAAACUUUUUUUUUCACAGAUUGAGCACAUGAUGUGACAGUUUAUUUAGCCCUAAUUUCUUUUCAAAAUGCACAACUGUUUCUUAUGCUAUUUAAUUUAUAUUUAGAGAUGUCUAAUACAAUAACAUUUUAAAUGUUUAAAUUUGCAUAGCUCUCAGUAUAUAAAGAGAUUCCAAAUGUUUUAUUCACAGGUGUUAUAAAUGGUGAAUAUAUUGGAUUAUUUAUUUGUACAACUUUUUUUUCAUUUUCCCUUAUAAGAAUAAAAGAUUUAUAGAAAUAAACAUAUUUACCACAGUUAAAACACACUGAUGCCUCUCAUGCCUAUUUAAAAUGAUAUCCUUUCAUUUUAACUUAUUUAUUUCUUUACUUUAACUUAAUUUUUCUUUUUCUUUACUUUGUUGUUCUAUAUUGUUCAAGAAAAUCAGCUUAAUUAAAGAUGAUCCAACAUUAUUUUACUGAUUUAAAGGUUGAACAGAAUGUAACUGCAGAAUCAAUGGCAUUUUUUUUGAUUUGGACAAAGUUUGAGAACUACACCUGGGAAUUCAGCAUGUUUCAGUCCAAACUGCCUGUGUGUAAAUCUUCCCAGAGAGUAUGUAGGAAAUCCACAGUUCUUCUUACAUGUCAUUUAUCCCCCAAGUGUGUGUAAUAAUGUUUGUCAUAUUUGAUGUAAAUGAUGGCACUUUCCCCUGAGCCACUUCACACUCCCGACUGAA